GUUCGAAAAAAAAUAUGCCAUUCAUUCAACCAUAGUAAUCUAGGCAAUAUCAAACCUGUUGCAGCUGCUUUUUCACGUUCAUCCCCUAUUCGAAGAGCACCGGCACUCUGUCCAAUAUUCCUUCACUAUCGAAAUUUCCAUUCUAAUCUGUAUGUCGAAUUCACCAUUUCUGUCGCCGCCUUCUCCCCCACCACAUCCUGCACAAGCUACAACCUCAGCAGCAACUGAAACGACGAUCAAUGUUCCGUUGGUCGAGCUGAAAUGUGAUCUAGUUAAUAAUAAUGACAGCAAUAGUAAGAGCAACCCCAAGUUUAUUCAACAACAAUCGCUGACGUUCGAUAGCUCAGGUGAGUGUAUUUGGGCCACCCAGUAUCCAGAGAUCCAAAAAGCAUGCUACCUACGACGUGUUUGUCAAUUUGCCCCGCCCAAAGAACUGCGCGUACAAAACGUUACAUCCAUCCUGCAGAUGGGACCGACCUGUGGUCUCACCGCACUCAGUAUGCUCUUCGAGGGAUCGCCAUCAACCAAAAAUUUUCUCGAAAUGGCAGUUGAAAAGGGUUAUUCAAACAACGGCGAAAUGUUCAGCGCGAAACAGCUCAACGAUCUGCUAGCAACCGCUUUAGACGACAAUCGCCACUUGGUUGAAUACACACCGGUGACACACGCCCUAGUGGGGGGCGAUAUGGACGACCCAAACAUCAGAAUGCAACUACGGUUGGGGUCAAUGUUUAUCGUGCCAUACGAUCCCGAUAGAGAUCACACACCAACCUUGAACAGAGGGCACAAGGCUCACUGGGCUCUCAUCGUGGGAUACUUAGUAGAUCAGUUUGACGAUUUCUAUGUCUUUGCCCGCCAUGGAAAAACAAGGAAUCUCGCACUGUGGCCUCUGAAAGAUUUGGCACGCAGCAAUGCCAAUCUAGUCGAAUUUUGCCAGCCUGUCGGUUAUCCCGGUGAAGUUUUCGUACUUCCCGAAGGUGGAAUCGGUGGCCGAAACGGGCUGCGCUGCAAGUUUAUACUGGUACAACACUACAAGGCGAAGGAAGAAAUUGUUUUAUAACAUCCUCAACGAACGUUGGAUUGGAUUACUUUGGCGGUAUGUAGAUGAUUGCCCCUAACCUUUGACCGGCGAACAAGUUUUCAUCAAACAUCAGAGGUUUUAUUAAGGUUUAAGGAAAUUAGUAGACAUCAUCCAUAUGUUUGAUCUCUGUUGAUAUGCAUAGAAUUGAACUGUCGCUAAUGCAAUCCAUUUCACCGAAACACAAUGUGCCGAAGCGCUGAGUAAAAUAGAGAACGAAUUUUUAGUAGCAGAAAACAAUCCCUUAUACACAAUCGUAGACAUUUUUGUUUUUGAAAUCGCAAAAAAUACCUACACCAAAUGCAGUUUUUUUUUUUUUUUUUUUUUUUUUUGAAAUUUUGGAGACAUUGCAGUGAUAUUCAUUGAGAUUCUCAGAUAUCAAACACACAAAAUAUGAGCUAAUCCUAUGUACAUAACUCCUUUAAACUACUGUCAAGGUAAAGCUGGCAAAGAGAAGCAAAAUCAUCCGCCCUUAUCUUAUAUAUUUGAUUAUAUUUAAGUGAGAAUAUAUGUUCCUACUAGUAACAUCAGCGGCAUUCUGAUUUUAUUAUAUUUAUUCGGUUAUGACAUCUGCUAAUAUUAACGAUGUAACAUUGCCAAACCAUAGAUGAUUUUAAUUUAUAUUUAUUUAAAAUACAUAUCAGCUAGAUUGAGGCAAUUCAAAACGACGCAUAUUGCUUGAAAACUCCUGUCUUGCCUUCGACGGGUUUCAAAACAGUAUUCGUUAUAGUCAACUUACGGGGAACGUAUAUUCUUAUCUGUUUGGUUUAAUUUUAUUGAAAUUUCAUUUUAGAUUUACUGUUGACAAUAUUUACAACAUUAAAUUGAUUG